GAGACAAGAAACAAGAUGAUGCAUUCUCAAUAUUUUAUAUUCUCUCUCCCCCUCCCCUCUCCUUUCCCCUGCAGGACGUACCUCGAGGAGGAGCUAGCCCGUGCUCGUAAGAGCCCCAAGCUGCGCAAGGACAUGUACAACAAGAUGGUGGAGGUGGAGGCAGAGGCCCCAACUCCGGAGGAGCAUGCCCAGAAGGCAGUCACCAAGCCCCGCUACAUGCAGUGGAGAGAGUCCAUGAGCUCCACACACUCCCUGGGCUUCCGGAUCGAGGGCAUCAAGAAAGAGGACGGGACCUGCAGCACAGACUUCAAGAGGACCAAGACCCAGGAGCAGGUGACGCUGGUCUUCAGGGACUUCGUGGAGGGGAACAAGAGGAUCAUGGAAACCUACCUGGCUAAGCUGGAAGAGAUCAGGAGAGUGCUGGAGUCCUCCGAAUUCUUCAAGAGUCACGAGGUGAUUGGGAGCUCCCUGCUCUUUAUUCAUGACCGACCCUGA